AUGGCCAUCGAUCUCUCGCUCGGCCGCAUCGCGCGCCUUCUUGCCAAAUUAGGAAACCCGCAUCGGACAAAGUAUCAUUCGGUCCAUGUAGCCGGAACCAACGGAAAGGGUUCAACGCUCGCCUAUCUUUCUGCGAUCUUGACCGCAGCCCGUAUCCGAACGGGAAAGUUCACUUCACCACAUCUCAUUGCGUACAAUGACUGUGUGGCCAUCAAUAACGAGACCUAUCCAAUGCAACAGUUUGAGCAGGUGCAUCAGAUGGUGGAGCGGGAAAACACGAAAUGGGCGUUGGGAUGCACGGAAUUCGAGUUGUUGACGGCCACCGCAUACAAGAUCUUCGAGUUGGAGAACGUCCAGUUGGCAUUGGUGGAGGUGGGCCUCGGCGGCACCUUGGACGCUACCAACGUGCUUGAGCCGGCCACAGACGAGUUUCCGGGCGGCGUGGUUGCCUGCGGCAUCACCAAGAUCGGCAUUGAUCACGAGAGCUUUUUGGGCUCGACGUUGCUGGAAAUAGCGCUGAAGAAGGCGGGCAUCAUCAAGCCAGGUGUACCCGUAGUGGUCGAUGGAACAAACGCUCCGGAAGUGUUGGCGGUGGUGCGAGAGAAGGCGCUCCGGGAGAAGUGUCUGUUGGUGGAGGCCGAGGCGGCCAAAACGCCAGGGCUCUUUGAAUACCUUUCGCUUUCGAAGCUUGUGGGUAGCUACCAGGCGCAGAACCUCUCUGUUGCGCUCAAUCUCGUGCAGAUCUUGCGAAAGCAUUCGUUUGCGAUUCCCGACGGCGCUGUUUCCGAGGGCGUUGGUGCCACGAAGUGGCCGGGUCGUCUUCAGACGCUUGUAGAUCCCGAGACUGGCUUAUCGGUGCUCUUGGAUGGAGCCCACAACGAAAGCGCAGCCAUUGAGCUCGGCCAAUAUUUGACACAAAUACGGGCAGAAAACAAAAACGGCAGCCAUGCAAGCGUGCCAAAAGACUCAUCUUCUGUGGAUUCCACGUCCAACACCAAUGGCCUCAUCUUCGUUGUGGCCAUGACCAACGGAAAGGCCGCAGACAAAAUCUUUCUGCACGUCACCCAGCGAAACACCGACACCGUCUACGCGGCCACGUUCACGCCGCCGCUGAACAUGCCUACUGUCAAAUGCUACACGGCGGAGAAGCUUGCUUCCAUCGCCCAAAACUACGUUACCGAUGUCCGGAUCGCGCCGACCACCGUCCGAGAAAUUUUUACGCAGCUACAGGCAAAUCGACUUGCUGGCGACCACCGUUCCAUUGUCAUUUGCGGCAGUCUUUAUUUGUGUUCCGAUAUUCUUCGCACCUUGGGUGAUGCCGCAACCCAUUCCUCUAUGGGUAGUACUACUACUGGUCACUAA